AUGCCUAUUGGACAGUUGAGAUUAGCCUGGGCAGAUCUUGAUGAAGCCAUUGCUUUAGAACCUCAGUUAUUGGAUGCUUACUGGCAUAGACAUCUCCUGUUUUUACUGAAAAAUAAACCUAAGAAAGCAUUAGAUGACUUGAAUGCAGUGUUGAAACUCAACAAGCAGCAUGCCGGAGCAUAUAGAUCCAGAGCCGAGAUAUUUCGAAAACAAGGUGAUAUAACAAUGGCUAUUGUCAAUUUCACUCAAGCACUUAAACUUGAACCAGAUGAUUAUGAGGCGUAUUACAGAAGAGCUGAAAUGUAUGAAAAGAGAGGUGAAAUCCUGCUGGCGUUAGAAGAUUAUCGAGAAGCUACUAAACUGAUGCCUAGUAAAACUGAAGCCAUAUACAAACAUGGAGAAUACCAUUUCAACCAAGGGAACUGGAUUGCUGCUGUUAAGGACUUUACUGAGAUGUUGAUACAGGAACCAAACAAUGCGCUAGCUAGGACAUUCCGUGGACGAGCGUUGGCGAAGCAGGGAUCAUUCACUAGCGCUAUUCAGGAUCUAUCCAUUGCUAUACAUCUAGAUCCAUUUAAUGCUGUAGCCUUCUAUCAUAGAGGAUGUCUGCUAAGAAAAGCACAUCCCAAGAAAUCUUUACAAGAUUUGAGUGUUUCUAUUUUAAUUGAUGAUUCUCAAGACAAUGUCUUGGCUUAUUUACAUCGAGGUAUUCUCUACAUGGAUAUGGAGAGACAUGCAGCUGAGUUAAGCAGUGGUCUUGGAGUAUCUGCAACACAGCAAGCCGCCGUCUUCUCCAUUUCUACAGGAAUAUUCCAAAGCAACAGAAUCAUUAUCUGCAGCAUCCCGAGUCAGACCCACCGUCCCCACUUACGUAUUACUCGGUAA